CCACCAGUCAUAGUGCGCGGGCGCCGGUGUCGGUCGUGUUAUUUUAGCAUCCAAAAUGGCGUCUCGAUCGGUCAGCCGGUGUUUCAACAUCACCACGCGGAACUAUAGCUCGAAACCAGACAAAAAUAUAGCUUUCCUUGGCCUUGGCAACAUGGGUGGAUUCAUGGCUGCCAAUCUUGUUAAAAAGGGCUUCAACGUCCGCGGCUACGACCCUUCGAAGGAGGCGCUGACAGCCGCAGCGAAGGAUGGCGUCAGCGGCGCCAGCUCCAUCGCGGCGGCGGUGGACGGCGUCGACGUGGUAGUGUCCAUCCUGCCCAGCAACAAGGUGGUGUUGGACGCGUACCUUGGCGACGACGGGGUUGUCAAACAUGCGCCCAAAGGAUCUCUUCUAAUAGACUCGAGUACUGUGGACCCCAACGUGCCAAAACAGAUAUUCCCCGUAGCCAGCGACAGUGGGGUCGCCUUCAUCGAUGCUCCGGUGUCAGGAGGUGUGAUGGGCGCACAAAACGCCACAUUAGCAUUUAUGGUCGGAGGUCGCAAAGAAGACUUCGACAGAUCAGUGCCAAUGCUCAAAGCAAUGGGCGCCAAGCAGUUUCAUUGUGGAGCGAGCGGCGCCGGCCAAGUCGCCAAGCUCAGUAAUAACAUGCUCAUGGGCAUUACUGGCAUGGCGACCGCAGAGUGUAUGAAUAUGGGUAUUAAAAUGGGCUUAGACCCGCAAGUGUUGCUGGACGUGCUCAACAACUCGUCAGCCCGCUCGUGGUCUACCGAGGUGUACUGCCCCGUGCCCGGCCUGGUGCCCACGGCGCCGUCCAGCAGGGAGUACGAGAAUGGGUUCAAGAACGAACUCAUGGUUAAGGAUUUGGAGCUAGCCAGCAGCAUGGCGCUGGGGAUCCGCUCGCCCAUCCCUCUCGGCGCCGUGGCCACGCAGCUGUACCGCAUCGUGCAGUCGCGCGGGUACGGACAGAAGGACUUCUCCUUUAUAUACCAACUGUUGAAGAACGAGAAGAAGUAGAAUAAAAUUAUACAAACAUU